AUGGCUGCUGCUGGCGCGAGGGCGCAAAAGCCCGUUGGUUCCGCUGCCUGGAUCGCCACGGAGAAGGAAAAUGUGGCGGAGAUGGUCGAGCAAGAACUGGAGGAAGUGGAAUACCCCGUCCGUCAUGAGAUGGACUGGCUCAAUGAGCACAUGACCGAGAUCUUCUCCAAGGGCCAAGCAAACUUUACCGAUGUAUUCAAAACCCCCGGUAAAAUGCGAGGGAAAACUCCUCGCACGGCUCGCAAGCGAAAUGUGGAAGAUGAUCGAGUCCCACUGAGUGAGAUUUUCUCCUCCUCCCACAAGCAAGUGGAAAACAAGGCUGUAAGCCCGAGUCCAUUUAUUCAUCGUGUCAUAUCGAAAACCGCUGCGCCCGCGGCAGUUGCCCCUCCCCGCCUCAAGGAAGCCGAGGUGCCAUCGCAGCCCCAAUAUCCAGAUCUCAGCCAGAACUUGAACUCCUUCCAAAAAUAUAACACCGACUCCGGCUACCAUGGAAUGGAGGAUGAAGAGGUCGACGACGACGAUGAUGAUGAAAUGGUGUUGCCCGAUACACAGCCAGAACCAGAGACCGCCACACAACCAUUCGAAGUGGAUGAACCAGCGAGAUCGAACUCCCGACCUGAGCUUUCAGCCAGUCAACGAACAACAGAAGACUCUUUCGUCUCAGCUCAAGAGAACGUCCGCGCUCGAGGAGAGACUAUCGAACCAAUGAAUCUGGAUCCUACACCGACGCAGGAGCGAACCGCCCGGCCCGUGAACGCAGCGCACAAGGAAUCUGGGUCCGAAAUCGAUACAACUCCAAAGGUUGCACCUCAAUCUAAGAUCAAACAUCAGACGGAAGCAUCGACCUCCCGGCAAGCCCGGCAAGAAAAGCCCAUGGCCCAGGAAAAGCCCAAGGAGCAAGACCAGGAAGACGUGAUUUCCAGCGUUAAAAACAAUAACCCUAUGGCUUCUCAUCAACCAAAGGAGCAAGAGGAGUCUCAACCCCAAGAUGACGAGAUGGAAAUCGAAGAUACGACAAAGGAUGAUACCAUUCUAGACGACAACUUUGAUGACAUUGGAUCGCCCUCCGAUGGCUCUACACCAGACAGACUGCCUGUCCGCAAGAGUAGCUUGAGCUUUGCCUCUCUGCCGGCCAGAGAGCCUCUUACCAAGAAGAGUAUGGGCGGUGCAAGGAUUUCGCGUACCAGUCACAUUGAUCUCGCAAAAUUGAGCCAUAAGAGAAACUCCAAUUUCCUUGGAGUCCAUUCAAGUGGUCAUAGAUCGGGACAACCAUCCUCGGAAGACAAUGUGAGCGAUGCCGCCAUGGACAUUGACAAUGAGAAGAAACCGGAAGACGAUGUCGAUAUGGACCAGGCUAGCAAAUUACACAACAAAAAGUCGACCCAAAGCCUACAUGAUAGGAUCAGCAUGCUCGGGAAGCCCCAAACACGCCCCAACAAGUCUAUCCCGUCGGCAGCGGGUCUGUCUGCUGGUCAAAUCGCCUAUCCAGAGCUCCCGGCUGCCAAAACUGGACCCAAACUGGACUCUUCAAAUGAGAAGACUAGGAAGACGCCCGUCCCGAAAACAGAUACUGCUGGCGACGACGAUUGGAUCAAGGCUCUGGAUUCGCCGCAACGACCGAAUCUCACCAAGAGCAAAACCACAGAUGUCAUGGAGCAUCUCCUGGAGCCUGAGAAACCCCAAUCUUCUUCUCAGAAGAUUAACCCAGCACUCAAGCAGAAGCCCUCUGAAGAACCCGAACGGCCCAAAUCAUCCGCUUCCAUCUUUUCUUCUCCUCGCCCACGGGGUCAUCAGCAGAGCGCGUCUACUUCUAUUUUGGGAUCUACGACUCCCGUUGGAUCCCCUCGACGUUUCGAGGGUCCGCUAAGUGCUUCCAAGAUAAGAUUGCAGUCGAUCAUGAAGUCUGCCAAGGGCUUAUUCACAAGCACUGGCAGUCCUUCGAGAAUCGAGAGCUCCUCCCCAGUGGCUCAUCGUGUGCAGACCCAGGAGCGAAUGAGCGUCGACAUCAAUGAAAGUGGUGAUGUUCAAAUGUCUGAGCCACCUCAUAUCUCCAGUCCUCCCGCACGACAGGAGGGCCGCCGCACUCGAAGCUCCACCGAGAAGGAGGAAAAGCGUCAGCGAAAGGAACAGGAAGACCGCCAACGAGAGGCAGAGACGCACCAAGAAGAAGCGAGUUUGGAAAGGGCUAAGGAGCAGGAGAAACAACGAACAGCGCAGCUCAAGGCCGCUCAAGAUAAAUCUUCGGUUGAGCCAGAUGAGCGUAUCGCCCAAAAGCCAUCGCAACCGCAACGACAACAGUCGCGAGAACCUGAGUCAAAAUACGGAAUUCCACAGCCAAAGCAAGCCGACCGCCGACCCAAGCCCCCGGCUCGCGAGGCGGUUCAAAAGCCCGAGCCCCGACCCGUUUCGAUCCGUGUUGGGAGCACAAUGUCCUCUCGUCAAAUCCCCGUGGCUACUUCUGUUUCGUCCAGUUUCAAUGAGGGAAAUGCCCCCGCCCCAGCUCCUGCUUCUAAGCAAGCAAGCUUGAAAAAGAAGGGGAGCAACCAAUCACUCCAAACGGCUUCCUCGACGAAUAGCCUCAAGAGCAGCACUUCGAGCCAGACACAAGCACAGCGAAAAGCUCAAUUGGCGAGCGAGCGCAAACGAGAACAGGAUCGGAAGCGAGCUGCCCAGCAACAGCACGAGGAAUCUCGUCGUCAGGAGGCCCAAAGCCGUGCUGAGAGUCGUGCUGAGGCAGAUCGCGGACGACGAGAACUAUCUGCCCAGGAAGAAUCUAACAAAGCCGCAAUUGAAAGACGGAGGCAAGAAAAUGCUCGGCGACAACACGGCCGUACCGGUAGCCAGCAAAUCGUAAAUGAGGUAUUUCAUCGCUUUUCCACAGUCGUCGAGGAUUGCACUAAUCAUAUCCAGGCUCCCGUCCUGCAACACGAGAAAUCGGCCCUUCAGUCCUCUCAGAAGAGUGAUCUAGGAGGAACGAGGCCGCAGUCUCGCGCGGGUCCAGCACAGAAUUAUGGUCGAAUUAAUCCACCUGCGCCUAAUCCUGCCAGACCCGCUAAGAGGCCCAUGAAUGAAGAGGCUAGUAACCGACCUCCGGUGAAGAAGAUUAGCAACGUGCACUCUGUUAUCGGGGAUAAAUGGGGCAAAGGUGAAGAUGAGCAACAGCACCAAUACCAACACCAACCCUCCAGGCCAUCGCACCCUCUUCAGCCGCAGCAUCCGAGUAUAAAUCAGCCUAGUAUGGCAUCUUCAUCCGGGUCUAGCAUCUUCAAGCCCGGUCAGGCAGCGCGUCCUGCUCCCAAUAUGUACCAAUAUGCCAGCGGAAAGAUUCCCUUCGCCGAGCCAAACCAAGCAGCAGCACCUGCCAAUGCCGCCAGGCCAGCGGCCUCCAGCUCCGCUCAACGUGCCCCAGCUCAACCCCCCGCCAAACCGUCUCCCAAGUAUCCCAGCGGAGAGAGCAUACAUCUUCCCGAGAUUGCCACAGACAGCGAAGACGAGGACGACUCAGACUCGGAAAUGUUCCCCGUUCCCAAGUGGGCCCAAGCCAAAGAACUUAACGAACUGCUCGUGAUACAGGAUAAAAUGGAAGCGGAUUCAAUCUUUGGCCCCAUCGCCCCAUUCUCCCUCGAGGAAACCUUCAAAGCCGACAAGAAGAUCAAGAAGUUCCGUGACCGCACUAGUAGCGCAAACUGGUCUGGUCCAGAUGGUCUUACCCAGGAAGAGAUUCGCAAGGACCGCGCCGAGCGCCAACGUCUCCGUCUCAAUGGCGGAUGGUCCUUCGAGACCUAA